AUGGCGGAUACACCUCACCACAUGGCUACUUCGGUGAAAGAGUCAUGUCUGAAAGCUCCACGAUACGCGUACAGUCCAUUGGAAGGCGACCACGACUCGCGUCUACUGUACCUCGAAUCCGUUGAUGGAGAUGGAGAGGUUCGCUGCUCGCUCAGACCAGUCGUCAUCCAACAGGCCGCCGCGACACAUGGUUUCUACGCAUUAUCAUACUGCUGGGCCACGGAUGCUGCCAGGCAGACAAUUCAGGUCAACGGCUUGACGGUCCCAGUGCGAAGGAAUCUACUAAAUGCUCUACUUGCCAUAUCCGACACUUGCGAGCCGGGCGAGAAUGGGAAAGGCCUUUGGGUCGAUGCUCUCUGCAUCGAUCAGAACGACAAUGCCGACAAAUCUAGGCAAGUUCGGCGGAUGGGCGACAUCUAUCGUGAGGCGACUGGUUUGGCGAAGCAGAUGGCCAAGAUGAGUCUGACCAUGAAUCUCACACAGUACCGACCGGGUCAAAGCGGCAUGUUUCUCCUCGACAGCAUGCGUAGUCGGCUGGCCACUGACCCACGAGACUACAUUUAUGGUUUACUGAGUCUUGUGCCGAGCACUGUACGGGCAGAGAUACACGUGGACUAUGAUCUCUCAGCUACCACGCUGUACUCCACAAGCCUGACACGAUUAUGCACUUCCUCGCCCGACCUGACGAUGCUGCUACGCUGGUGGGCCGAGCCCUGGACCUGGCUGCACUAUGCCGAUGCAAACGACGACACCCGUUCAAGCUGGUGUCCAGACUUCUCCUGCCGUGCCUACGCCUCGAUCGGAAACCCGCUUCUCGGCCUCACCUGCCUAUCUCCAGAAACCAUGUCCCGACUCGCCUCACAAAGACCUCCACAUUCCUUCUCCAACGACGGUCGUGUACUGCAUCUCGGCGGCAUCUACCUCGACACAAUAUUAGAAGCCACAACAAUCGCCUCCAUUCCAUCUGUCCCAGAUCUAGACGUCACCGCUUCCCUGCACGUACAGAUCCAACAGAUGCUUCCAGACGCCGAGAUGCUAGCCUGGCUCUCCUCCUUCCUCCGAGUCUGGCAUCACGCCCUCAUGACCUUGACCGCAGAAGAUCCGCGGUGGAAAAUGUGGGAAUCUCAAUUCUUCUUGCCCUGGAAUCCCACGUCAGACGACGAAGGCGACAAGACACCAGUCCCCACAGCCCUCCAAGAACUAAUCUACUUCGAGCUCCGACUCAUGAUGGCUGGAACACAAAUGCGUGAUCUUCUAGAGCCGGUAUCAAUGGAAUGGUUGUACAUUUUGGGCAAUGUGCACAAAGUGGCCAAUGUCUGCAAAUGGCGGUACUUCUUCUAUAUGGAAGGUGGGAAUAUUGGGGUGACGCCUGUGCCUGUGGGUGAAGGUAAUCAUGUUUACGGUUUUGGUGGUGAGUUCUUGGAGGUUGUGUCGGCGGAUCGCCAACGGCUUGUUAGUCCGGCUUCGGUGGAGGGAUUGAUGGGAGAUGUGCUGAUAGACAAGGAGGAUCAGUGGGAGAUAUCAUCAUUGUCUUGA